AUGAGAACUUCAUCUAUUAUCGCAGUUGUAUUGGUUGCUCUAAUCGUUGUAGCAUCGGCCCAAGAAGAUGAUCAAUGUGUAGCAUGCCAAAACGCUUUGAGAACCGUCCACAAGAAUCUUCCAGCCAAGGACCAAAGAGUAUUUGCUGAGAAGACCCUCUCUGGUUUAUGUCAACAAGUAACUGGUCAAGUUACUGGUGCUGCCCCAGUUGUUGGAAAGAUUUCUCAAGUUGUUCCACUCCCAUUGGGUCCAUGUAACAUUUUCGAAGCUCACAAAAAUGAAUUUAUUAACUCUGUCCUCAAUAACCACCCAGCUGCCGCAUUAUACACUGACACCUUGAAAAACCAAGAGGAAAUCGAUUAUGUCUAUGAAGAUAUCUUCAAUGAGCACAGUGAAAAGAGAAAAGAAUUUAUAAAGAUGUUCCCAAACGGAAAAGUACCAGCCAUAAUUGACUACUCUGUCAAUCCACAAUUGAAGAUCUUUGAAUCCGGUGCAAUCCUCAUCUAUUUGGCACAGAAACUUGGAAAAGGAAAGUUCCUGCCAGACUUCAACACAGAUCCACACUCCUAUGCUGAUGUACUCCAGUGGUUGGCUUUGCAAAUCUCUGGAUUGGGACCAAUGAAUGCUGAUCCUUUUGCUGAAGAGAGAUACCUCAAAGAGACCGAUCCUCUCUACACUGUUCUCGAGAAACAAUUGGAAGGAAAAGAAUGGAUUUCAGCCAAUCAAUACUCAAUCGUCGAUAUGGCAGUCUACUCACGAAUUCGUGAAGGAUUUCUUCCAAACUAUCAGAAAUACAAGAAUGAAAUGGCAUGGCUAGACAGAAUGAAUAAAAGACCUGCCGUUGCCAAAAAUCUUCCAACUAUUCUCGCCCCACUGAAAGAAGAAAUUGAACAUCUCACUCAUGCCGGAACUUAUAGAAUUAAAUUUGAUUAA